GUACCAACUUUUCUUAUGGGCAAGAAUAGACACUUAAUUAUACAUACUAAACACUUUGGUUUAACUAAGUGUUACAAGCCAACAACCCCUCAUUUUUCUCUCCAAUAUAUUAUCUUAAGUCCAAAUAUUUAAUUUUCAUAAUUAGAUAUCUUCUUCUACAUACAUGCAAUAAUUAAGUGUUUUGUCCAACUCCAAUACAUAAUAUCUACUUUCUUUCCCUUUUUACUUCACCUAAUUUUUCUAUUAUACUCUUGUACGUACAUACUAGAGCAAUAUAGCUAGGAAUUUCAUUUAUUUCAACAAAUUACUUCAACCCAAAAAACAAAAAAUAAGAGGUGAUGAAGGAUUGCAAGGAGGAGUUAGAUUUAUCAUCAUCUUCACAUUCAUCAACAUCAAAUUCCACUCUCGGACGUGAGCAUGGUGACCCAUCAUUUUCGUCGUUAUCAUCACUAUGUUCGGAUGUUGACGAUGAGGGUGUUAGAGAGCAUCUAGAGGGUAGUCAUCGAUGGCUAAGAUUUGUUGAUGCAGGGGAGGUUGACCCUUUGGGGGAGGUUGAUGGCAAGGGUGACAUGAGUUGGAAACAAGUUGAGCAACGAUUCGAUCGGGUUGCCUUUCGUGGUUCCUAUGGACAUGAUGACCAUGAGUCUUUCCCAACGAUUGAUGCCUCACAAUUUGGGUAUUGCAUAGGCAUGCAACAAACUGCACAAUUUGCUGGUGAGCUUCUACAAGUACUAAAGGGAAGAAAGAACCACAACAACAAGCUAACCAAAAAGGAAAUUUAUGGAUAUUGGCAUCGCCUCACUAAUCCUUCUUAUAGUUCUUCAUUGCAAAUCUUUUUUGACAUGUGUGAUAAAGACAUGGAUGGAAAAAUAACAAAAGAUGAUUUCAAGCAGAUGAUAAUGUUAAGCGUUACUACUAAUAAAUUGGACAUGAAGCAAGAGGAGGCUGAGCAUUUUGCUUCUAUGAUCAUGCUAGAAGUUGAUACUCAACAAAAGGGCUACAUUGAGUUCUAUCAGCUAAACCAGCUCUUCAGAACAGCCUUAACAAAAGGGUACCUCUCAAAAGAACAGAAUAUAACAGAGUAUACCACAACUUCAAGCUAUGAUCAUCUUAGCAUAUACCAAGACAAUUUUCAUCAAGAACAACACAUAAUAACCAAAUCGUUGCCUGAGAUCUUGUUUCGAACGUACUGGCGGCGAGCUUGGAUCGUAACACUAUGGCUGAUUGUUUGCAUUACUCUAUUUACAUGGAAAUUUAUUCAGUAUAAGCAUAGAGCUGCCUUCCAAGUAAUGGGAUAUUGCCUAAGUACAGCCAAAGGUGCUGCUGAAACACUCAAGUUCAAUAUGGCUCUUAUACUUCUCCCAGUUUGCCGCAUUUUGGUUACUUGGCUUAGGAGGAACCCUCGGAUUAGCUCUGUUAUUCCCUUUAAUGAUACUAUCAACUUCCAUAAGCUAAUUGCAGGAGGCAUUGUAAUAGGGGUGAUCUUACAUGGAGGUACUCACCUUGCCUGUGACUUCCCAAGAAUAACAGGCAGUAACCCAAUAGUUUUCCAAAGAACAUUUGGGACCAAAUUUGGGAACCAACAACCCUCAUAUUUCCAAGUUUUGUGCACAACUGAGGUUGCAACUGGGAUUGCCAUGGUCAUUAUAAUGGUCAUUGCCUUCUCUUUGGCUACGAGGAUGCCUCGCCGCCAGUCACCGUCGUUGCCUCAGCCUAUUCGCCGGGUGACCGGGUACAACACAUUUUGGUAUUCGCAUCAUCUUCUUAUUGUGGUCUAUGUUUUGCUCAUCAUCCACUCUAUGUUCCUCUUCCUUGUCACCAGUUUUGCCGAGAAAACGACAUGGAUGUACCUGGCAAUUCCAGUUUUACUAUAUUGUGGUGAGCGAAUCUAUCGAAGCAUUAGGUCAGAGAUUCAUGAAGUUGAUGUUCUUCAGGCCAAUAUGUAUCCAGGGAAAGUUCUAAACUUGAAGUUUUCCAAACCGGCAACAUUUACAUACAGUAGUGGCAUGUAUAUUUUCAUCAAGUGUCCCCAAGUUUCACCUUUUGAAUGGCACCCAUUUUCAUUAACAUCUGGACCAAAUGAUAACCAUCUAAGCAUUCAUGUUAGAACCCUUGGAGAUUGGAGUUACCAAAUCCACAACCUUUUUCAUCAAGCAAUGAUGUCAAAACCGUUCGAUUAUCCUAAAGUAUACAUCGACGGUCCAUAUGGAGCAGCUUCUCAAGAUCAUAUUAAGUACGAAGUGGUUGUACUCAUUGGCCUUGGCAUAGGAGCAACACCUUUCAUUAGUGUCCUUAAAGACAUAGGAGAUAGGCUUCACAAACCAUCUAACAAUCAAGUACAUGAUGUGGAAAUCGGUUUCUCGAAAGGUCCUUUGAAGGCUUAUCUAUAUUGGAUUACUAGGGAACAAAGUUCUUUAGGGUGGUUCAAAGAUGCCAUGAACGAAAUUUCACAAGAAAACCAAAAACAGAAAGUGAUAGAGAUGCACAACUUUCUUACAAGUGUAUAUCAAAGUGGUGAUGCAAGAUCAAUUUUGCUAAGCAUUAUUCAAGCCUUGUAUUUCACAAAAAGUGGGCUUGAUGUUUUCUCUAAAACCCGGGUGCGAACUCAUUUUUCUCGACCAAAUUGGUUCAAAAUAUUCUCAAAUUUGGCAUGUAAACAUGCAGGAUCCCGUAUUGGGGUAUUCUAUUGUGGCUCAUUGAAGUUGGCAAGGGAAUUGGAGGGUUUGUGCACCAAAUUUUCUACCAAAACUACAACUAGAUUUGUCUUCCACAAGGAAAACUACUAGGUUUUCUCGGUUUUUUUAUUUUAUUUUAUUCUUCAAAGCUAGAUCAAGAUUUAUUGUGAAUUGUAUCAUUGUAUGUAUAGUCUAGGCUAAUCCUACCAAAUUUUUUAAUAAGUGUAUGAUAAGAGGAGAAUAUUCAUCUAUGUUAGAUGCACCAAAUAAUUUGUUCAAAUAAUUAGAGAUUGUGGGAUGUAUGUAUAGAAAAUUCAUAUGAAUAUUCAUGUAUUAUUGUCAUAAA